CAGCUGAGUUUUUGCGGCGAAUUUUGAAAAUGACGCAAGGGAUGAUCGCGACCAAUCAGAGCUCAGAACGGAGAUUGACAUGUAAAUGAUUUUGCCUUUUAAGGGCAAGUCUCCGCCCUCUUCAAGUCCAUGCUUGUCCCCCCCGAGAGCGCUGGAGCCACGGAACCCGAGAGAAGGUGCGCUCCGCUGGGACAGAGAAGGCAUAAAGAGACGGGGAGGGAGGGAGGGAAUGAGAUUUCUUGCUACCCAAUCCCUCUUUUCCCCAGGGACAGCAAGCCUUCCCUGGUCCAUCCCUCCCUCUUGUUUGGUAAUCAUUUCAUUUUACUCCUUUUUGAAGCAGUCGUCCGUUUUAUCCCACUUUUCAUUUCACAAUCCCGUGCGCGUCUGUUCGCCUUCUUCUUCAGAGCAAGUUCCCGUUCUCCCCUCUUUCUCCCCGCGACGAGAAGGUCUGCUUGAUCCCGGCUGAUCGUUUCCUUUGAGAUGCUCCACAGCUCUUGCCUUCUCUCCACCCUCUUUUAACUAGAGACCGGUUAAUCUUGAGUGAACUGAACUUGGGUUUGGAAUCUAAAAGAAAGAGGAACACCCAAAGGGAUACGGCAGCGCGUCUUUGGAUAAGGACCUCUUUCCUCUUGUUGCACUUUGGGGAAGAUUUUUUCCCUUUCAGUUGGUUUUUGUUAAUCCAGGUGGUGCAGGAGGAUUAUUCCACUCGAGCUGGUGUUGAGAGACAUCCCCCAGAAGGCUAUUUUCAUGUUCUCCAUCCAGGACGGUCUCCCACGGGGAGCCUUGACCAUGAAAGAAGAGCCCCUUACGAGUGGCAUGACGCCGGUGCGCUCUUGGAUGCAGAGCGCCGGGAUACUGGAUGCCAACACAGCUGCGCAAAGUGGUGUGGGUUUGGCAAGAGCCCAUUAUGAGAAACAGCCUCCCUCGAACCUGCGCAAGUCAAACUUCUUUCACUUCGUUCUGGCCCUGUAUGACCGGCAGGGACAGCCUGUUGAGAUCGAGAGAACCUCCUACGUGGACUUUGUGGAAAAAGACAAAGAAUACAAUGGUGAGAAGACCAACAAUGGCAUCCACUACAGGUUACAGCUUCUCUACAGCAACGGUAUCAGGACAGAACAGGAUCUGUAUGUUCGAUUAAUAGACUCCAUGACUAAACAGGCAAUCCUUUAUGAAGGCCAAGACAAAAACCCAGAGAUGUGCCGUGUUCUUCUCACCCAUGAGAUCAUGUGCAGCCGGUGUUGUGACAAGAAGAGCUGCGGGAACCGAAACGAGACGCCAUCUGAUCCUGUCAUCAUCGACAGAUUUUUCCUGAAAUUCUUUCUCAAGUGUAAUCAGAACUGUUUGAAAAAUGCAGGGAAUCCCAGAGACAUGAGGCGAUUUCAGGUGGUGGUGUCCACCACAGUGAAUGUGGACGGCCAUGUGCUGGCCGUGUCAGAUAACAUGUUUGUCCACAACAACUCCAAACAUGGCCGGAGGGCGCGACGCCUGGACCCUUCUGAAGCAGCCACUCCAUGCAUUAAGGCAAUCAGUCCCAGUGAGGGAUGGACGACUGGGGGGGCCACUGUCAUCAUCAUUGGGGACAACUUCUUUGACGGUUUACAAGUGGUCUUCGGCACAAUGCUAGUUUGGAGUGAACUCAUCACACCUCACGCUAUCCGGGUGCAGACGCCCCCUAGACACAUCCCUGGGGUCGUGGAGGUCACACUCUCCUACAAGUCCAAGCAGUUCUGCAAAGGAGCUCCGGGACGUUUCGUCUACACAGCUCUGAACGAACCCACCAUAGACUACGGCUUCCAGAGGCUACAAAAGGUCAUUCCUCGUCACCCUGGAGACCCGGAGAGGUUACCUAAGGAAGUUCUGCUGAAAAGAGCCGCAGACCUGGUGGAGGCGCUGUAUGGAAUGCCUCAUAACAAUCAGGAGAUCAUUUUAAAGCGUGCUGCAGACCUGACGGAGGCGCUGUACAGCGUGCCUCGGAGCCAUAACCAGUUGCCCUCGCUGACAGGCUCUGGUGCUCACUCGGGCAUGAUGGGAGUUAACUCUUUCAGCAGCCAGCUCGCCGUCAACAUCUCUGAGGCCUCACAGGGAGACCAAGGUUACUCUCGUAACUCGAACAGUGUGUCUCCUCGCGGGUAUGUGCCGAGCUCCACACCCCAGCAGUCUAAUUACAACACCAUCACCUCCACCAUGAAUGGAUAUGGAGCCGGGAUGACCAACCUGGGCGUCCCUGGAUCCCCAAGUUUCCUCAACGGAUCCGCCGCCAACUCUCCAUACGCAAUCAAACAGAAGAGCGCCUUCGCGCCUGUCGUCCGGCCACAGACCUCCCCGCCCCCCACCUGCACCAGCACCAAUGGGAGCAGUCUACAGGCUAUGGCCGGUCUGAUUGUCCCUCCCAUGUGAAGAGGAACCUCUAAGGCUUCACUGAGCCCACAACAAACUCACUGGCUCACCAAAUCUGUCUGACACUCUCUUAUCGAACAUCACCAGUCCUACGAGGAGCUGCCCGAAAAGAACAUAUACACCUGGAUCGCUAAAAGAAAAAGAAAAAUAGAAAAGUGUACCUGGCCUGAAAAUGUCCCAUGUCCUGAAAUGUCAAUAGAUGUGUUUGUUUUGCUCUCUAUGAUUUCAUCCUUUGAGACUCGCCAUACCGGGUGGCAUAAAAGCUGGAUAUUAUCGCAAUGUGAAUGAGAAGCCAAGGUUUUGAUACGUUCACGGCUGUAGGGGCUUCUUUGCAUGGCUGAUGUUGUCUGUAGACUGUCUGUUUCAUACUGUAUAUCUGUCCUGUUUCCACUGUGAGAAGAGAGAUGCCACUCAUCCAGAUGGGACUGUGACGACUCAAAAUGCCAUUUGGAAACCACUCAUUCCUAAUUACGAAAUGCAACAUAAAGCUGAUGUAAUUUCCCUUCGCUUUUGUUUUAAACCAUCAAAUGAGAUCACAAACAAAUGAUCCCAGACUGAAGAGCGCGAUAUUUAGUAAUCAUCAGGAUGAUGAUGGAUGUCAGUCAUUUUUACUCAUACUGUUUCUGUAGUUCCUGUAUAGUUCCAGGUGUGUGGAUAGGUAGAUUUAAGCCAGGAAUGCUUUCUGCAGUUUUAAUCACAUUUAGGUACCAGACUUAUUGUUGAACUUCUUAUUGUGCUUUUUUGUAUGUAUUUAUACAAGUUUGUUUGUUUUGGGAUUUCUUUGGUGAGUUAGGCCUGAAUAAUAGUAUCAAAUAUCUAUGUCAACACAUUUGAUGUCUUAAUACCUUUUAGAUCUUGUAAAAAGAGUGAAAAAUAAAAGCGAUUACAAUUUUUUUGUAAAAACAAAAAUGACAAUGACAAGAAAAAAAAAAAAAAAAUUGACAAGAAAAAAAAAAAAAAAAAGAAGAAGGUCUGGACAUGACCAGGACACCUGUUUUUUAAAAGCAGGAUGCAAAGCUCCACUGCUUUUGUAAAAAAAAAAAAAAAAAAAAAAAAAAAACUUUUUUCAAUCGUAUAUUUAAUGUUUUAAUUUUGCAAAAAGCAUUUGUGUUCUUGUUCCCUCCUCUUGUAUCGUGUGUUCUCGUGAAACGUGUAUGAUCAUAGUUAUUUCCUAAUGCACUUUUUUUGUUGGGGCACUUACAAAAGCUAUGUAUGUUAGCAAGCAGAGCAAAAUAAUCAUAAAAAAAAAAAAUUUGAAAACCUAUAGAAAUAUGCACCAAUAUGUUUUCCAAUGACGAUUUUCUUUUAACUGAUUACUCUUUGCUUUGGUCAUGAUAACUGAAAUGGCUAAUCGUUCAUCAUGUGAUUUUUUUAUGUUUCUAAAUUGUUUCCAUAAUACUUCUCUGUCCUUGUUGAGGUUUAUUUUACAUUAGAUAUGCGUUGUUUCGACAGAUAAAAAGUCAAAAUUUCUAUCUAAUGUGCUGAUAAAUGUGCCACAUGUUGAAACGAAGCACAUUUUGACGUGGAAUCAUUCAUUGACAUCAGUGUUGCUGGAGAUGUUCUUAGCUGUUGCACACACAUGCACAAGUUAUGCAAUUUGUAUUCAAAUGCAACUCGCAAUUCACAUUUCGGUGGAUUAGCUGUGAAAUAAAUUAACGGAAGGAAAUAUAAUGAUGCCUUAAAAUAGGAUGUGCUCCAGGACAGUAUAUCUCAAAUCACAAAUAAACAAUUUUAAAAACUGUCUGAUACGAUGCAUUUAAAUAAUUAUGAAACGGCAAUGUUUUAGGUCUUAGUAGGAAAAAGGUAGAGAAUUAUUGUGGAAAUAUGACUUCGGUAAUCAUUGUAUUGCAGGUUGUCAUCUUCACGAAGGAGGUUACUUAGUCAUGUAUGGUUUUGUUUCUGUUUGUGAUUAAAUACCACAGACUGACCACUUGGAAACAAUGUAAUUUUAAUAUUCCAGUUAUGAUUUUUCUCUAUUUUCCUAAAGUGAGUGAAGGUGUGUUUGCUAAGAUGAAAUGUGAAAGAAAUUAUGGUUUCUGAAGACCUCUUUUAAUUUUCCAGGUGACCUAAUUACUUUACAUUCGUCCUUUUGGGGUUUAGACAUAAAUGGGGUAAAGAAAAUACAAUUUGACAGUGCCCUAUUAUAUUAAAACAGCUGAAUUCAAUCUCAGAGUUCACUUGAAAACAUCUCAGAGAACCAGCUUGUCUGGAAACACACACACACACACACACACACACACACACACACACACGUCCAUCCAUUUCACCCAUGCAUUCAGUUUCUUAAUAGCUUGUGAAAGGUUUUUGUUGUCAUAGAUGUAGAGAGCUGGCUUCUGCUUUCUUUUUUCAAAACCAGUUUUCUUUGGAAAUGUUAAACUUGAGGUGAAAUAGAGAAAGGUACUGCAUCUUUGUGAAAUAUGAAAUAUUAUAUCAAAAUAUAUCAAAGCACAAUGUUUAAUUAAUGUCUUUAGAAUUCAGACAGGGAGAUGUAUUCUACUUUCCUUUUUUCUCUCUGACCAUGCUGUAAAUAAAUGCAUGUUUUUCCUUCGUUUUUAUUUCAGUUUUUUUCCUGUGAUCCCGUGCUUUUUGUACAGAAACUGAAAAUAAAGAUUACAUUUGGCUUGAAAA